ACAUCAAAAUGUUGCGUGCAGCUGUGCUUUUGUGUAUCUUGGGGCUGGCAGUGGCGUCCCCGUCACUUGCUAGGAGUCGAGAGGAGAUCGAAGCCUUUAGGCAUUUCUUGGAAAGCACAAAGACCAACGAUGGAGCCAGGAUUCUGUCACGCAACAGAAUAUCUGCCAACCCAGAGGAGAAUGGAAAGUUCCAGGGUGAUAUUAUCCUGGAUGACUUCAUGAUUGAAGCCAUGCUGCAGGACUAUGCUACCGGUCGUAAUGCUUAUAUCUGGCCUGACACUAAGUGGCCUGAAAACACCGUUGUAUGGGAAUUUGGAGAGGAUGAGUUUGGUCCCCUGCAGCAAGCAGCUAUUAAGGAUGCCAUCCAAGACAUCGAAAACAACACAUGCGUUAAGUUCCGCUACCGUGAACCCGAAGACGAAGUCUACGUUAAAGUUACCGGAGGUGACGGCGGUUGCUAUGCGCACGUAGGCUACUGGGAAGAACGCGGUGUCCACACCCUCAACCUUGCCAGGAACUUCCCAGGAGUCGGCUGUUUCCGCCACGCCACCAUCGUCCACGAGUGGAUGCACAUCCUCGGCUUCCUGCACAUGCAGUCCACUUACAAUAGAGACGAUUAUGUUAAGAUUGUUGAAGAGAACUUGAUAUCUGGCACUGAACAUAAUUUCGACAUUUACGGUCCCGACCUAGUGAGCAACCUUGGUGUAGAAUAUGACUACGUGAGCUGCUUGCACUAUGGUCCAUAUGCCUUCUCUUCUAAUGGAGAAGCUACUAUUGUCCCACUCAAAGAAUUCGAAGGUGUCAUGGGUCAGCGUGAAUUCAUCACAGAGAAGGACUGGCUGAGAAUCAACAGGCACUACGACUGUGAAGGCGCAUGGGAUUGAACCACUGAAUACUGAUAUUUAUUUUAAUACCUAUGUAAUUUAUUAAAUAAUAUACUCAUUUUGAAGUA